CCAAUUUUUUUUGUUUCCUGUAGCUUUUAUACGAUCCGGCUCUGAGAAUACGAAAUUUUCCGUCACUUUCUCGGGAAAGUCAAGUUUUUCCCCGAGUAGAUUUUCCUAGUUGGCGAAGCGAUUAUUAGUUUCUCUUUUUCUUCUUUUUAUGUGUCCUUGCAAAGCCUGAUCUCGCCGAGAAUGGGCGUUGACCCCUGUCAAUGCUCUGAUUCCCACGCUCGAAGAAUCGUAGGUCUUGAAUUCGAGGUUUAGGAUCUGCAAAUCGUUAAUUUUUCUGGCAUUGGCGAGAAUUAGGUUUCUGAGAAACUACGAAGAAUUUGAGGCGGAUUUCGUCGGUGGACACUGUAUUCUUGUUGAUGGAUACGCGUGGUAAUGAUGUUAAUGGCUGCAAAGAAAACCCUAUGGGUUCUGUAGACCCCAAGACUGAGAAACUCAUCAAUGGAGAACGAGAAGGAGGAGAAGAGGAAGAAGAAGAUAGCGAUUGUAAUUCCCUUUUGUCCCCGCGCAGAGGAGGCAUGUCGAGAAAAUCGGAUAAGAUUCGGCGAAAAGUCCAGUGGAACGACAAGAAUGGGAAUAAGCUUGUUGAGAUUUUGGAAUUCGAACCGAGUGAUGUGAGCGACUCUGACGACGACGAGGAUUCAGAUUCUUGCAUAUGUACCAUAAUGUAGAUAAAACUUCACUACACCAAAUCAUCAUCAUCAAAUUCGGCUAUAUCAAACAAUUGGGGUAUUCUCAGCAAUCUGACUUGAGAAAUUUUUUUAAUAUACAAAGUGGCCCUGGCUUCAACAAAUAUUAUAAGCAAUGCGAGAAAAAAAAAUUGUCUCAUAUUACAUUCCGAUGCAGUUCCAUUUGUUAGGUUGAUGUUUUUGGGUCAAAAGCAGACGAGAUGAUGAGAAUGUCUUUCACUGUGUGUAACAUAUUUUACAGCAUACAAGCUUUUUUGAUGCUUUUACCACGGCUAUUGGUAUGUAAUGCAGAUUAUACACUCAACAAAAAUACUUGGAUAACUUUGUUCAUUACUUUUCCCUCUAUUCCCUCAUCAUCAGGAAACACA